CUUAGUAUCGUAGGAUUACAUCACACGUCCGUAUACAGAGAGAUCCAGCCGACGUUUUUAAUAUAUUUUGUAUUAUCCGGAUCAGCAGUCAUGGUUAAACUGAGUUCAUAUGAACGUUGCCAAAUCGGACUGGACUUUUUCGAGUUUUUGAACGAGACCAAACGGACUUUCAUCACAGACAGAGUCCAGCUAAGAGAUAUUUAUAAUGCCGAGUUCAGGAGCAGAAACCCAGGAACCAAAGAUCCAAACUUUGGUUCAGUGCUUUACGCCCUCAAAGUGGGUAACAAAAUAAAAAGACGGAAAGACAACAUACUCUUCACCCAAUCGGUCAGAGCUCAGUACGUGGACCAGUGGCGCACCCCCAGAACCCAGCAGUCACAACCCGAACUGAGCAGGUCAGCCAGCAUUGAAGUCUUGACGGACUUCUGCUCUGCAGAGGAGGCGACGAUGGGAGUUAGAGCCCGGAGAAAACUGGCCAGUGAGCUGAUGAGCAAACUGAAGAUGGAAGGGUAUCUGUCCAAGUUAGUCGCUGAUAAACAUGGUAUCAACAUCACCUCUGACUGUCCUUUUGAGAAAGGUAAACUUGUCCUGCGUGUGGAAAACACAUACGAGUAUACGGUCAAGCUGAAUAUGGAAAACACUGGAACUGAGCCUGUGUAUUUCACUUACUAUACUCCACUUCACUGGCUUCAGAACUUAACUUUGCAUGAUAAAAACAGGGUGACCAAACUGAAACCCGUACUUCUAAAUCCAGGUGACUUCUAUGAAGUAGAGGUCAGUUUUCGGUCUAGUUUAGUCGGGGUUUUUCCGGCUACGCUGGCAUUUGAAUUCAGACCUAACCUGGAUCCUGCCACCACUGCUUUCCAUAUUGUGCGCAUCAUUGAGGCUCAUUGUAUAACUUCGCUAGGACUGGAGUUGGCACCUGUAGCUCCCUACAAGCCUCGUUCCCUCCCAGCCUGGACCCCCGAACCUGACUGCAAGAUUGUUGAUGGGCUGCCACCCGAGGGGCUGUCUGUGAUGCAGCUACAAAAUGUGGUUCAGAUUAAGCAGUAUCGAAUACCCCCAUACAUGAACCAGCUCAUCAAGCUGCUGAAGCAGCCUUCUCUCUCCAAUGAGAAUAGAAAGGUGUUGGAGAGUCCUUUAACUUGGGAGAACUACACCGAGAAGUUCCAGCUGCUGCUGUAUCUGGAGGAACUUCAGAUGGAGUUUGACAUCAGAAGAUACAACAUUCCCAACGAUGACAGAGACUACGCUGAGCUAAAAAGAGACCCAAGCAACCCAAGACUUCUUGUUCUGGAGGUACCUGGUGUCUCAGAGAACCGGCCCUCUGUGCUGCGGGGGGAUUCGCUGUUGGUAUACCCUCAGGGAGAAAAAGGAGUGAAGUACCGUGGUUAUGUUCACAGUGUGCAGCUGGACAGCGUCAGACUGGGCUUCGCCUCUGAAUUACUGAAUCGAUACAUGAAAGGUAAAGACUUCAGCUUUAUUGAAGGGAUUAAGUUCAACGUUGAGUUCACAAUCAACCGCCUGACUGGGCGUCUCCAGCACAGAGCUGCAGAACUUGCAAGGAGCUGUAAACUGGGUAGUGUGCUGUUUCCUUCUGCACCCCCAUUCUCAUGUCAGAAACCUGACCUCCCCAAACUCAAACUGUUUGAUUAUCAGCUGGAGAAAAACCCAGAGCAGUAUCAAGCUGUCCAGCACAUUGUAGCUGGUUCAUCCAGACCCGCUCCAUAUCUUGUGUUUGGUCCUCCAGGAACAGGUAAAACUGUCACUGUAGUGGAGGCCAUCAAGCAGAUAGAGAAGACCCAGAAAACCUGCCGCAUUCUGGCCUGUGCUCCCUCCAACAGUGCUGCUGAUCUGCUGUGCAGCAAGAUUUGUGAGCAUGUAGACCAUUACAAUGUGUACCGCAUGUACGCCAGCAGCCGGGACCCAAAACUUGUCCCUGAGCACCUAAAGGACUGCUCUAACCUGUCGGGAGAUUCUUACAUUUUUCCUCCCAAAGAGAAGCUGAUGGAGCAUAAAAUUAUAGUCACCACCCUGAUAACUGCUGGAAGACUUGUGUCAGGUGCCAUUCCUUCUGGACAUUUCACCCAUGUGUUUGUGGACGAGGCUGGACACGCUGUGGAGACUGAGUGUUUAGUCCCCCUGGCAGGAUUGCUCGAUGCAGAGACUGGACAGCUUGUUCUAGCUGGAGACCCCAAGCAGCUCGGACCCAUCCUCAGAUCUCCAUUUGCACUGAAAUACAGGAUGGGAGUAUCCCUCUUGGAGCGCUUGAUGACCGAUUUCCUUCUGUACCAGAAGAACGAGGGCUUCUACGACAACUGCUUUGUGACAAAACUGCUGCGCAACUACAGGUCUCAUCCUUCCAUUCUCAAGAUUCCCAAUGAGCGCUUCUACGAUGGAGAGCUCCAGGCUUGUGCUGAUGAGUAUGCACGCAACUUUUACUCCACAUGGGAACACCUUCCAAAGCAGGGCUUCCCAGUGAUCUUUCAUGGGGUUGCUGGUCUUGAUGAUCGUGAGUCCAGCAGCCCAUCAUUCUUUAAUGUUACAGAAGUGGAGGUGCUGAUGGACUACGUGAGAAAACUGCUGGAGUCACAAGGGAAGAAAGGUGUUGCUAAAAUUGCACCCAAAGAUAUAGGCAUCAUCGCACCCUACAGGAAGCAGGUGCAGAAAAUCCGCAAAGCCUUGGAAAAAGUUGGGAAAGACUUCAAAUUUAAAGACAUGAAUGAACUUAAGAUUGGUUCAGUGGAGGAGUUCCAAGGCCAGGAGAGGAGAGUAAUCCUGGUGUCCACAGUCAGAAGCAGUCCUACAUACUUGGACAUAGACAAAAAAUUCAACCUGGGCUUUCUCAAGAAUGAGAAGAGAUUCAAUGUGGCUUUGACUCGAGCCAAAGCACUGCUGAUCGUGGUGGGAAACCCAUUGGUCUUGAGUUCAGAUACUACCUGGGCCAGCUUUAUCCAGUACUGCAGAGAGGAAGGUGGCUACAGUGGUUUCACACAUGCUCAGGAAGAAGAGGAGGAGAUUAUAGCCAGAUUGUCUGCACUCUACAUCAGCAUCGAGGCUGAAAUUGAGACUACUGAGAGUGUUGUUCAACAGAUACUGGACCCCGAGUGGAGGAGCGACAUGUGAGCAGCAGGAAGAGAGAGAAACGUCCAGCAGGGAAACUUGAGCUAGAGUAAUUUUACUGUUCAAUAUUUAGGAUAACAAUACAAACCCCAAUUCCAGUGAAGUUGGCUCAUUGUGUAAAAUAUGAAUAAAACAGAAUAGAAUAAUUUGGAAAUCCUGUUCUACCUAAAUACAACUGAAUACACUGCACAAGGCAUAGAAAGGAGCGUGUCUGAAAGGCUCAGUCUUUCACAAGCAAAGAUGGGGCGAGGUUCACCACUUUGUGCACGUGUUCCAACAGCGAGGCUACCUAGUAAAAUAGUGUGGGUACUGGACUGGCCAGCCUGCCUGCAGUCCAAACCUGUAUCGCACUGAAACUGUCUGGCGCAGUAUGAAGCGCUAAAUACAACAAUGUUGAGCAGCUGAAGUUGUACAUUAAGCAAGAAUGUGAAAGACUUCCACCUACAAAGCUUCAAGGAUUAGUUUCCUCAGUUCCCAAAUGCUUGUUGAGUGUUGUUAAAAGGAAAGGUGAUGAGACACAGUGGUAAACACGCCCCGGUCCCAGCUUUUUUAGGACAUGUGGCAUAAAAAUCAAAAUUUGUGAAUAUUUGCAAAAAAACAAUAAAGUUCAUCAGUUUGAACAUUAAAUAACUUGUCUUCGUACUGCAUUCAAAUGCAUAUAGGUUGAACAAGAAAAUCAAUCUGCUCUGUCCCAACUUCAUUGGAAUUUGAAUUAAAUGUCAGCAUUCAAGUGACAUAAGGUCCAGAAGCACAUUUUAAACAUCAGCAGCAGCAUUUAGCCAGAGACAAAAGGGCAUCGGGGGAAAUGAAUUGUACUUAAAAGGGGCUAAACUGGAAACCUUAGCUUCCAGUUAAGACUUCAUGAUGGUGGCUACAUCAUGGUUUGACUGUUUAAAAACAAUUCACACCAAGUUGUAAAAUGAAAUCCAGUGUCAAUCUUCUCAGGGUUGUUUUAGAUUUUUUUUUCUCAAUCAUUUUUAGAAUUGAAAAGUUGAUUGGUUGUUGAUUAAUUUUUGUUUUGUUUUGAAUCACUGUUAAGAGCUUAUUUACAUAUAUUUCCUAAAUGAAAAUGUUUAUAAAUGGAAUUUAAAUAAAAGAAAAAUACAUUCAGAA